AUGGAUGCACACGGCCGCUCUGAAACAUGCCCAUCCGAGGCCUCCAGCAUCUCCGCAGCCGCCUCCGAAGGACCCGACGAUCAUCAUCCGCUCAAAGAAGGUUUCGAGAAGAAGAUGAUGAAAGUGAAAGACAAAGUUGUUAAAGGCUCGGAAUUAGUAGCUGAUCAACCACAGCAUGUGUUGCUGGAUUUGAAGCUUUCCAACGAUGAUUCCAACCGUGCAGGCACAUCCACAAAUAUGGAGCUCAAUCUUUUCAACUCCAUUAAUGCAGAUGAUAGCGCUCGUGAAAAGAAGUCAGAUCAGCCUAGGGUUUUUUCAUGCAACUUCUGCAAGAGGGAGUUCUCGACGUCGCAAGCACUUGGAGGGCAUCAAAACGCACACAAACAAGAGCGUGCGUUGGCUAAACGACGUCAAGGGAUGGAUAUGGAUGCUUUUCAACACCAAAACUUUCCUUACUACCAUCCAUAUUCAAGCAUCUCCACACACUCUCUCUACGGAUCUUUCAACAGAUCUCUUGGCGUUCGGGUUGAGUCCAUGGUUCACAAGCCUUCGAGCUACCCGUGGCGGUUCGGCGGCCACAGCGGGUGGUCGAGGCAGUCACUAAUGAGCCCGCAAUCGUCGGUUGAUCGGCUGAGGUUGGAGGGUUAUCAGGCACAUAACAUUAAUGGUGGUGUGUUAGCAGGGAGUACUACUUCUUCUUCAAGAUUGAUUCAGGAAAGUGGUGCACUUUUUCGAAAUAUUGGUGGAUCUUCUGCCAAAAUCAUGGCUGAAAUUAGGGCAACUAGUAGUAGUAGUGAUUACCUUCCCCGAGAGGAGCUGCCGGAAAGUGAUCAUUGUGCCGAUGCUCCAGUGGCCGGACUCGAUUUGUCAUUAAAGCUUUAA